GGGCAAAACCCCGCCAGAAGAAUGUUGAGUAAAACCAAGUGAUUUCUUCUCAUUGAUCCUUUUUUUCUCAUUCUCAAGAUCAUUCUCAUUUUUAAUUUUCAGAGCGUUCCCAAUGUUUGACCUUCAGCGCGUCAAGACAGGAUGGAAGUCCCUCGGCAUCGACAUGAAGAUGUGCUGCUUGAUGCUCAAAGGAUCCAUCCCCGUCGCCAUUUCGUUGGCUUUCUACCAGAACACUGCUGUCUCCGAGAUCUACAGCUCCCUGGGGUUCUUGGUAUCCAUCAUUUCAGUCGUCACUGUGAAUCUGUUGCCGCGCGCUAAACUCAUCGAAAUGACAUUCACAAUAUGUCUCUUUACCGCCAUUGCUGUACCAAUCACCAUGUUGUCCACUUGGUCUGCUCUCCAGGCACGAAUCCACACCGAUCCGGACGGACUGCAUAAAUAUAACUCGUCACAAAGCGCGGUAACGGCCGUCUGGCUCUUCUUUAACGUAUGGCUGAGUAAUAGCUUACAAGCAAGAUAUUCAGGGCUCUUGAUACCAACAAUUCUUUACAAUAUUUUUGUCAUCGUUCAAUAUACUUCCUGCUCCCGAUUCACGACCUGGACGCAGUGUUGGGACUUGAUAUACCUAACUGUCCAAUGUUACUAUACCGGUGUCGCUAUCUCUUUUGUUUCGGGAAUUCUCAUCUACCCCGUAUCUUGCAGGACCGAGUUUUUCGAAGUCACAGAAAAGUACAUCGAGUCUCUUCAUGGCAUGCUCUCCGGCACUGCUGAAUACCUGAAAAAGCUGCCAUUGACAUCGGACACUCAACCUACUACAGAUGAUGAAAAAUCACCCGGAGAGCUAUAUGGUCGUGGACUGAGGGAACGAAUGACAGGAGUGAAGGCUUUGUAUGUUCAGAUGCAUGAAAAAUUACCCAUGGCAAAGCGCGAGAUCGCAUGGGGGAAAUUACAUGCCAAGGAUCUCACAUCUAUCAGUAAUCUAUGUAGGAAGAUCCUGGUGCCCUUGGGGGGGCAUAGCACAUUUGCCAGAUACAUUGGAUCGAAUCGCAGACAAUGGAGGAUAGAAUCCAUGCGAUUUUGAUAUCUCCGAGCCGAACUCCGAUUAUCA